CUACAUGUCCCAGAAAUCUCCCCGAGCACUGCACCAAACUCGCUUCACGCGCUCCACCUACCGGCUCCACCAGCACAGGCCGGUGGUGACACUUUAAUGACUCGCGUGCGCGAGGCGGCGGCGGCAGCAGCAGCAUCCUGAACAAACAACAGCAGCCAGCACCGCCGCAAUACUGCCCAGGUGUAGUUAGCUGACACGCAGCCAUGAUGAAAUCGGGCACCACCAAGGUGGGACUGCCCAAGCUAGGACUCCAGGAGCGGGCCAAGCAGAACUCCUCGGCCCCAUCUUCCUCCACUACCACCUCCACAGCCAUGAAGACCUCCAGAUCCUCCAACACGCUGGCCUCAGACCAGCGCCUCAGCAGGCUGAAGAGAGCCAGCAGUGAUGAUGCCUUGACAAAGCCUGCACUGGGAGCCGCUGCCUCUGGCUCCCGGAUGAAGAAGACUGUGACCACUGGAGCCAUCUCAGAUCUUGUGGAGGCCCGCCCUCGCAGCCUGUCUGGUGCACAAGCAGCCAAGAAGUCUGGUAUCCCAGCUCCUAGAGAAAUCCCUUCUUCCAUAACAAGAGACCGCAUCUCUCUGAGGGACCAGCUUAGGAGCUCUACCACUAAGAGGAUGGUUUCUAGUGCCAGCACUUCCAGCCUCUCCACCCUGGCAAAGCAGACACGUAGUACAACCAAGUCCCGUGGAGAUGCGGAGGGCCAGGAAAGGAGCCUUCUGGAGUGCCAGGUGAAGGAGCUGCUGGCUGAGGCCAAGGCCAAAGACUUAGAGAUCAGCAAUCUCAGGAUGGAGUUGCAGUGCUGCAAAGGUAAAGCCUCCACUGGUUCCUCUUCAAACUCGCCCAACUCUGUCUCAUGGCAAAAGCCUGCUGCAGAUCAAGAGCAGGGACAGGUGGCAGAGGCCCUUGUGCUGGUUGGGGAGCUGAGGGAGAAGAACGGGAAGUUUCAGAGAGAGCUGGCAGCUCUUAGGGAGGAGAACCAGACACUGAAGGAAAAGCUGCUUUGCUUGGAGGCCUCGCCUCUCUCGAGUACAAACACAAGCACCUUGUCCAAGCCUUUGGUGAAUGGCCUGCCCUCAAACUCCAAAUCCUCAACUUCGCAAGAGGACAGUCUCCCUUCUACUACCAGCCCUCUCAAAACCUCCAUCUCCUCCAGUUUUGACAUCACCAAGGACUCACCAUCACCCGACUCCUCAGAGUUUGAAAAGAUCCCAUCACGUUCAGAAUCGGUGAGCAGCGGCGUCAGUGGGGAUGCCGUUGUAGUGUUAACCAAUGCAGGACGGCAGGAUGUGUCAGUGCAAAACCUUACAGACCAGAUUCACAAGAUGGAGGAGAGCCACCACAGUACAGCUGAGGAGCUGCAGGCAACUCUGCAGGAGCUGGCCGACCAGCAGCAAGUGGUGCAGGAGCUGACGGCUGAGAAUGAGCGCCUGGCCGAGGAGAAGCGCCUCCUGCAGACCUCACUUCAACAGCAGAGAGAGCGCCUGGAGGUGCUAGUUCAGAAGAAUGAGGUGCUCGCUGGCCGACUUCAGGAACAAGUCCAAGCUCAGGCCCAGAGGGAGGAGGAGCUGGGCAGCCAAAGGCCUCGGCUGGCUGAACUUGAGCAGAGGUAUGCAGAGCUGGUUGAGAGCUCAUGCUUUGAACGGGAGAAGCUGGUGGACAUCCAGCAGCAGCUGACGGGCAGCCUGCGAGCUCUGGAGGAGGAGCACCAGGAGGCCCAGGGCCAGGUGCGCUGUCUCAAAGAGGAGAUGGACAGGCUGCAGGCCCAGCUGGACAGAGAGCUGGAGGCCGGAGGUCAGGCAGCACAGGCCGCAGAGGAGCAGAGGGCGGCAGCAGAAUGUCUCAGACUGGAAAACAGUAGGCUGAAAGCGCAGGUGGACAUUGAGAGGCAAAAGGUGGGUGAGCUGAAGGCUAUGCAGAGUGCCAGUGACAGCACUGAGGUGCAGAACUUGCUGAAAACUGCCCAUGCUGAGAGAGACAGGCUGGAGGUGGAGCUGACGGAGCUGAGGCAGGAGCUGCUACAGGCCCAGGCCGACACUGAGCAUGUGCGAGCCACAAUGUGCAAGAUGGAGGCCAAAUGCCAGCAGGUUCAGGAGCGGGCUGAGAGGAGGGAGCAGGAGCUCUGCGGCCGGGUGACUUCCCUGGAGGAAGCCGGGAUCCAUGCUGAGAACCAGGUGAAGGAGCUGAAGGAGACCAUCUUUGAACUGGAGGACCAGGUGGAGCAGCAGAGGGCUGUCAACUGCCACACCAACCAAGCCGUCCUGGACAUGGAGAAUCUUGUCAAAAAGCUGGAGGAGCAGAAAGGUGAAGCAGAUCGACACCUGAAAGUCUUGAGUAGACAGCUGAAGGAUGAAAAAGAAGAGUGGCGUCGGUUCCAGGCGGACCUCCAGACGGCAGUGGUGGUGGCCAACGACAUCAAGGUUGAGGCUCAGCAGGAGCUGCGGACACUCAGGAGGCAGCUGCAGGAGGAGCAGGAUCGCAGUGCGAAGCUCUCCACGGACCUUGAAGCCCUGCAGGGUGUCAGGUCCCAAGGUGACGAAGUGAGGCUGUCCGACUCCGAUAUCAACCGUCACUGGUGCGGCAUCUCCAUGAUCCCGACCACACCCUCCGACGCCAGCGGAGAUGCCGACUCAGAGCCCGGAGCGACUGUCAAAUCCCUCAUUAAGUCCUUUGAUACUGUUGGACAGAACGGACCCGGCUGCCUCACAGUUCAAAUGCAUUCCGCCCCAAGAAGCCUGCUGAGUGGGAUCCCUGUACGCACUGCACCUGCUGCUGCUGUCUCCCCUAUCCAGAGGCACACAUGCAUAAAGCCGCUAUCAAAGACGUUGGAAAAAAGAAUCAACCAUGGAGACUUCUCUCUUCAUCACGAUAAGUUGUCGGGCUGCAGGGAAGACCUGAAACCUAACAGCUUAAUGAGGAAGAGCCCUUCUCUGGAGUCUGUAAUCAAAACCUCCGCCUCCCUCAGCGGCCGCUCAGCAUCCUUCAGCUACAACCGAGGCAACAGCAAGCUGAGUGUGGAAAGAAAGGACCCUUUGGCUGCACUGGCGCGGGAGUAUGGAGGAUCUAAGAGAAACGCUCUACUGAAGUGGUGCCAGAAGAAAACAGAAGGCUAUCCGAAUAUUGAUGUGACCAACUUCAGCAGCAGUUGGAGUGAUGGCUUGGCUUUCUGCGCCCUCUUGCACACAUAUCUGCCCGCACACAUCCCUUACCAGGAACUCAUCAAUCAAGAUAAGGUUCGGAAUCUGACCCUGGCUUUCCAUGCUGCAGAGAGCAUUGGGAUCAAACCCUCUCUGGACAUGGAGGAGCUGAUGAAGACGGACAGGCCCGACUGGCAGAGCGUCAUGCAGUACGUCUCUCAGAUCUACAAGUACUUUGAGACCUGACGGACGGGAAAAGAGCAGCUGGAGACCGAUGAUCGGAGGCACUGCAGCACUUUUCUGUCGCCGUUUGUCAGCCUGACAUUCACCUGAACCCUUCUGCUGCUCACUGUUUGACACGAGAGACAUGACCGAGGAAUUCUCUUUUCUUGAGAAAUUUUAAACUGCUGAUUUCUCAUUUGAGAAACACAUUGAGCACCGAGGCCCACAUUUACAAAGAUUGCAGUCAGGAAACACAUGACCUUGUUCAUUUUUACAAGCUUAAAGGGACAGUUCACCCCAAAAUCAAGUGCGAUUGACUGAGUGUUGGAGACAUCAACCUUCUGCCUUCUCUACAAUAUAAUAGAUGCAGAUGCACUCGGCUUGUGGUGCUCAAAGCGGCAAAAAAAUUCAUUUGAAAAACUCAACAGCAAUGUCUCUUAAACCUGGUUAAUCAAGAUAAUACACAGACUGUGUUGUGAGCAGAAGGAAGUGUGCAUCUACUCAUGAACAAGAGGCUCGUGACAGCACGAGAUGUAAACAUUAAUGCCGUCCUCCUUGGCUGAGCUGCAACAUUAGCUAGCUCAGUGGUGCGAGGUGAGCGUGGUUAGUGGGAGAGGUUUGGUAAAAGAAAAUAGUUCCUACAUGAAAACGGCUCACAACGAGGUCUGUGGAAUAUCUUGAGUAAACAGGUCUUGAUUUCUGGAAACAGACUUUGCUGUUGAGUUUUUCAAAUGUAUUUUUCUGCCUCUUUAAGCGCCACAAGCCGAGUGCAUCUAGUUCCCUUAUAUUACAGCGAAGGCAGAAGUCUCUACAGCCGAUAGAUGAUAAAUAGCACUACAGGUAAGUAUUAUAGUGAACUGCCUCUCUAAAGUGUUGAUUGAGCAUCUGAUUCACAUUUAAAUGAAAGCAGACAAACAGAUUAUGGUGCAAAAUACUUUUGCUAAUUAUCAGUGUUGUUUGUCUGUGGUCGUUUUCAACAUGUGCCAAAUCUUCUGCCAAGACACAACUUGUACCAGACUAUCUGCAUGGUGAAAGUGUAACCUUCUGUCUGAGUGCGCAGUGUGAAGCCAAACUAUCGGUGAAUUUCGUUCGGUUUGCCUCAAACAAUCCAUCACUUCUCAUACUGAGGCUGAUUGUGAGUGCUGGAGUUGUACUUUGAAGAGCACAGAUGUAUUUUGAACUGACAGGUUUGAGUUGAACUGAAGUCUUUAUAUUUUUCACUUUUAAUUGUGUGCGUCCUUAAGAACAGAAAUCAGACGAACCCCAGCUGCCGUCUGUGAUGCAACACUAAAAAGAUCAUUUAACACUACGAGAGUUACUGAAUAGUUUUGUAGAAAUAUUUUUUAUGAAAACAGAUUGAUGUCUAUGUUUGCAUUGUUUACAGCAUUAAGGACUGGCUGAUUCAAACCAUCGUACCGUGCCCUCCUGUGUUGUUCCUUCACGUUUUCCAUCAACACUCUCAACAACUAUGGUACUGCAGCUGCUUUGCAAAAUAUACAUAUUUGGCAUGCCAUGUUAAAUUAUGAAGGAGAGGAUGACUUUUACAUGUAAGAGUUGAGGCACAACACUUUCUGUGGUAUGAUUUUUAGAGAAGCCUCCAUUUGCAGAUGCCCUUAUUAUUUGGAAGAUUAAAAUGUUAUUUAUUUAUUUACAACUUGCUUCCUGAGAAGUGAGAAUGUGGACAGAAGUGUGUGCCGUUUUCUAUUUAAGGAUGUCAGAUUUGAAGGCAUGUUGGAUGGAUAUGCUCAAUAAAAGAUUGUCAAGUUUUUAUUCAA